UGUGGCUAUAAACCUGGUGGUAAAUAUUAAAUUAUAUAGUAGUCGAAAACUUAUAUAAACACUAGAGCACUACAACUAGAGGGCGGCACAGGCAUGAUGGCCUGCCACUUGGAGCGACGAUCGAUCAUACGGGGACAAAGUGAAAUUCACACGAUGGAUCAAGGGGUACUAGCCCCUCGAUAGCUCCAUCAUGAUGUGGACCAUCACCGUCAACACCAAUAAACGUCAUGAUAUCUUUCAGCAGCAACAUGGAUGGAUUGGACUGACACCACGUGAGCCACGACGACGAUGUACAAGGGGUUGGUUCACAGUGAACAACUUCCUUCGCGUCUUUGUGGGUGGCGUCAGUCAAGUCCACCAUGUUGCGAUGAUCGAAUGCAGCGCAAUAGGGCUGAAUACACACAUCGCUGAAAAUUACCUUGGCCGAUCGUGUGGGGUUGUUGCUGGCUUGGAGACCCUCGCGGGGUUCAGCGCCUCUGCCGCCUUGAAAGUGGCAACUAGGAGCUUCUAACGAGUUCGAAGUCUCGUCCUUGGGCGCCAAGAGUUGACACAGCAGUGGCCAGUCUUCAUCUGGUAGGAUAUCGGUCAUCACCACAGAUUCCGCAGCGCACAUCACGAACUCACCCAUCAACACAUCCAUGUCUUCGGCGUUCUGGGGCCACGCCAGGUCUGGGGUGACGACAUCUUCUUCUGGUACCCUAUAGAGUGCGUCGAUGACUUGGUAGUCUCGGAAUUGCGCACGCCGCCGCAGUUCGUAGUCACCCGUCACGCUGGUUGACUUGAGGUCCUUCGCGUGCCUGCUACACAAACCGCUGGAGCGGCCAAGGCUGUUGCAACCAGGAAUGAUACAGACAUCGCGAGCGCCGUGGCUCACGCACACACCUCGUUUGUUGACCUGAUUGCAACAGCCCGAGUAGCGGCAUAUACCUUUCUUCUUGUGGCGCAGACACUUGAUGGAGCCUGGGCAGACAGGUUCGCCGCAGCCUUUGAAGAAGCACGGAGAUGGCGGCGACGGCAUACCCUCAAGGAGCAAUU